UUAACCAUAAACAACAACAUUCCAUUCCAAACUUCAUUCCUUCCCUCAAUAUCGAAUGAAAUAACCAGCUUCGUCCAUUUUGAAUUUGACCGUCGCUUCGAGCUCACGAAUCAACAAUGGCGGACGCAGCUCCAGCCGGUGGUCGUGGCGGUUUUCGCGGUGGCUUUGGAUCUCGUGGUGGCGAUAGAGGUCGCGGUGGGCCUCGCGGUCGCGGCCGUGGACGUGGUCGCGGUCGCGGACGUGGCAAGGAAGACCAAAAGGAAUGGGUUCCAGUAACCAAGUUGGGCCGUCUCGUUAGAGAGGCAAAGAUCGAUAAAUUGGAGAGCAUCUACCUGUUCUCCUUGCCCAUCAAAGAAUUCGAAAUUAUCGACUUCUUCCUCGGCCCUUCGUUAAACGAUGAAGUGCUUAAAAUCAUGCCCGUUCAGAAGCAAACACGUGCCGGUCAACGCACACGUUUCAAGGCAUUCGUGGCAAUCGGAGACAACAACGGACAUAUUGGUCUUGGCGUCAAGUGCAGCAAGGAAGUGGCAACUGCCAUUAGAGGCGCUAUCAUCUUGGCUAAAUUGUCUGUUUUACCAGUGCGAAGAGGAUACUGGGGAAACAAAAUCGGCAAACCACACACUGUCCCAUGCAAGGUUACUGGCAAAUGUGGUUCAGUUACUGUGCGUCUGAUUCCCGCUCCUCGUGGUACUGGUAUCGUGUCUGCUCCAGUUCCUAAGAAACUGCUUCAGAUGGCUGGUGUACAAGACUGUUACACUUCAGCUCGUGGUUCUACUGGAACUCUUGGCAACUUCGCUAAAGCUACUUAUGCAGCUAUAGCUAAGACUUAUGCUUACCUGACACCAGAUUUGUGGAGGGAUAUUCCAUUGACCAAGUCGCCAUAUUCCGAAUUCAAAGUCUAAACAAAGGAAUAAAUAAAUCCCAUGUA